AGUUCCUGUUCCUUACAACAACAUUUGCUGCGUGUUUGAUAUCUCGAUAUCGGCCCGUGUAUUAACUCGCGGCCCAUUUCAGACCUAGAAAUACUAAUAAUCUAGGUUGCCCAGCUUUGCGAACCCCUUCAUUGCAUAGCCGAUCUGUGGUAACCCCCGCCACCAAGAUGGCUUCGAAUACCAGUCAAGAUGACAUUCUGUCUCAGUUCUGCUACAUGACUGGGACAUCUCCAUCAGAGGCUCGACCCUUUUUGGACGCAAACCACUGGGACGUCGAUGCUGCCGUGACGGAAUACUUUGCAGACCAGGAAGAGGAGUUUUUAGAAGACAUGGAGGCUAGUGGCGGUAGGCGGCUUGGUUCUGACGACCCGGCUGAGCAAUCCUCGUCUGGCCGUUCUCUUGGACAAGCGGGUGACGCCUCUCAGUCAUCCAAGGGUCGGUCCGGCGCCGCUAAGAAAUUCGCAACAUUCCGUGACCUAUCGUCAGGUAGCGGAAGACCCGAUUCUGGAAACGACGAUGACGAAAAUCAAGACUUGUUCGCGGGUGGUGAGAAAUCCGGCCUGGCCGUGCAAAAUCCUGACGACAUCAAGCAGAAGAUUUUAGAGAAGGCCAUGCGAGCACAACCACCCCCUUCAGACGAAUCGAAAUCAAAAGCAUCUCACUUCACCGGAACGGCCCGCACGCUGGGAGGUGACGAUGCCCCUAGCCAAGUGAUUCAGGACCCGAACGAGAAUCGCCCACAACGCCCACCAAGAGUACAACGCACCUUGCAUUUCUGGGCCGAUGGAUUUUCGGUGGAUGAUGGAGAUUUGCACAGGUCUGAUGACCCCAGGAACGCUGGAAUUCUGGAGGGUAUCCGUCGUGGAAGAGCUCCUCUGUCAAUCAUGAACGUCCAACCAGGCCAGGAUGUCGAUGUAGAAAUCAAACAGCAUGAAGAAAAAUAUGCUAGGCCCAAACCGAAAUACAAACCCUUUGCCGGUUCUGGACAACGAUUGGGUAGUCCAACUCCAGCCAUCCGAACAUCCCAGCCCGAACCGGCGGUAUCAACACCUAGCCCUUCAGAAGCACCGAAGCCCGAAGUCGACGAGUCGCAACCUACAGUUACACUGCAGAUCCGUCUUGGAGAUGGCACGCGUCUCACAUCUCGGUUCAAUACAACUCACACUAUUGGAGAUGUGUACUCGUUUGUGGCAGCAGCAAGCCCCUCUAGUCGGUCUCGCCAAUGGGUGUUGAUGACUACAUUUCCAAACAAAGAAUUGACAGAUAAAUCCGCUGUCCUAGGCGAAUUGUCUGACUUCAAGCGAGGUGGUGUUGUCGUGCAGAAGUGGCAAACCACGAAUUCUCUCUCUGUCGCCACGCUCCUAUCCCCUACGAGACGCGUGCUGUCCGGCAAAGGAGGAGUCGGAAAAUCCUCCGUGACGCUUCAGCUCGCCCUUGCGCUUUCGCUCCAAGGCAAAUCAGUCGGCAUCCUAGAUAUCGAUCUCACAGGGCCGUCAAUCCCCCGACUUGUUGGAAAAGAAGACGAGAAAAUUACACAAUCAGUUCGUGGCUGGAUUCCAGUGGAUGUUCAUCCUGAAGAGCCUUCAGGAAGUGAGAACACAACGCCACGUGGUUCGCUACGAUGUAUGUCCGUCGGCUUUUUGCUACGGGAUCGUGGCGAUGCGGUUAUAUGGCGCGGGCCAAAGAAGACUGCUAUGGUGCGGCAGUUUUUGACUGAUGUAUACUGGGGCGACACAGAUUAUCUGCUUAUUGACACCCCACCGGGAACAAGUGACGAGCAUAUCAGCAUCAGCGAGAGCCUUUUGACUAUGGCCUCGACAUCGUCAUCGUCCGCUAGAGCCCAGAAUAUACCGCACCUUGCCGGCGCAGUCCUUGUGACCACGCCUCAGGCCGUCGCAACGUCAGAUGUGCGCAAGGAGAUCAACUUUUGCACAAAGACACAGAUCCCGGUUUUGGGAGUCAUUGAGAAUAUGUCCGGUUAUACAUGCCCUUGUUGUGGGGAAGUAAGUAAUUUGUUCUCGAGAGGUGGUGGGGAGGUAAUGGCGUCUGAGAUGUCGGUUCCUUUCCUCGGCCGGGUCCCGAUUGAUGUCAAGUUCGGUCAGCUUGUGGAGAGUCAGAAAAUUCAUGGAGAUGUGGAGAGUGAUGUUGACGAUGAAAUGGAAGAUGCGAAUGGGCAGCAGCAGGACCUACAACAAGGCCAGAUAGAGAGUGAUGAUCGGUUGUUAGUGGAUAAGUAUAGAGAUUGCUGGUCUUUACCAAUAUUUGAAGGGUUUGUUAAGGACCUAUUGGGGAAAAUAGAAAGCGUGUGAAACCGAACUAUGUGUUCUUUGGAUUAUUUAGCAUGAGACGGCGCCACGGACUGCAUUGUAUAUUUUAAAUAUGACGUCUGAUUCUACAACCAAUGGAGUUGAACUUUAGGAUUAUGUGCGCUAAAUAUAGUCAUCAGCGGCGGGAGAUAGGGGUUCCUGAGUACCGCUACGCAAUUAUCUAUCCUGAUACUACCGUAGGAGUAUUUAGAUACGGAACAGGCCCCUG